AUGGGAAAAGAGGAGUCAUACAUGUGCCCAAUAAUACCUCGACAGGCAAACCAUUACCUUCAUUUUAGGAUAGGAUCAAGUUCUCUCGGUCCAUGGUAUGAAACGAACCCAUUACCAAGAAUCGAAGACACACCCAAUACUUCACGAAAGGUAAAGAUUUCACUAUUAAAGGGAUCCACUUUAGACCCCAUACAAGAGUCAAGAUCUAUGACUUUGUCUAAAAGAGAGAGAACAGUCAAAAAGAAGAAGACUCACCUACUCAAGUUUAUGGCAGAACAUCGUAAAACAGAGAGGCCUUGUGCGGUGGAAAACAACUUAACAUCUGACUAUCUUCCUAUCAGAUAUGGACUAUUUAGUGGUUUAAAGGAUACUAGACGAGCUCACUGCAGGUUUAAAAGAUUACCUGCGGCAAACUUACAUGUUGCUUGUUUAUGCAGACAAGUUCCCGUCAUUUCUAGUCCACUUCACCAAAGUUAUACUCCUCCUCAACCUGCUAGGAGAUCUAAAAGAGAAAAUAAAGGUCCUGACAUGAAAUUAUAUAAAUAUGUAUGA